AUGACGUCUGAGUCGAACAAACCUACAAAGGAAGCUGUACCUUCUGCUUUGAUCGCACAAGCUGAAGCUGCAAUCUAUGGCAAUCUAGAGGACGAUGAACCUUCACCACACGAUAGAAGACAUGCUAGGCAUCAUGAAGGAACCGCGAGGUCAUCUGGGGAUACACCUUCUUCAUCAUCUACACGUCGGCCUUCGAAUUUAGCUGUCCCAUCUAACGAGUCAUAUUAUGAUUCAGCAGAACCUCCGCCUGCAUAUGGAAACAAGCAUAAUGAGCUAGAGCUCAGUCAAGAUGGAUUUGAUACCCAGGCGAAGAUCUCCGAUGAUGGUCGAAUCAAUAUAAAUAUUAAUCAAAAGACUCGAAAAUUGUCUGAUCUCCUUGUUCCUGCGCUACGAAACCAGCUUUCUCUUGUUGCACAGGAAGACGCUACUCCGCUCCCUCCGGGAUAUUUACCACCUGCACUGGGAGGAUUGCCUGGUCAGACACCUCCACCUCAACUCAAUGUCGUUAUAAAUGUCGUUGGUUCUCGGGGAGACGUACAGCCGUUCGUUGCGCUGGGUAAGAUUUUAAAAUCUACCUAUGGACAUCGUGUACGUCUAGCUACGCAUCCCACAUUCAAAGGGUUUGUUGAGGAAAAUGGACUGGAAUUCUUCAGUAUUGGAGGUGAUCCUUCUGAGUUGAUGGCAUUCAUGGUGAAGAACCCAGGUCUCAUGCCCGGUAUCGAUUCUCUAAAAAGUGGCGAUGUCGGCAAACGGAGGAAAGGUAUGGAAGAAAUUGUUCUGGGUUGUUGGAGAUCGUGUAUCGAGGCUGGAGAUGGCCUAGGUCCAGCUCCUGUUAAAUCCGAAUCCCAAGUAUCGUUGGGUCUUGAAGCUGGCAUUAAUAUGGAUACUAAUCCGUCGGAUAAACCGUUCGUUGCGGAUGCAAUUAUUGCUAAUCCUCCAAGUUUUGCGCAUAUACAUAUUGCUGAAAAAUUGGGAAUACCGUUACAUAUGAUGUUCACAAUGCCUUGGUCACCCACACAGUCCUUCCCCCACCCUUUGGCCAAUAUUCAAUCCUCGAAUGCGGACGUGAAUAUGACCAACUUCAUCUCUUAUGCUCUUGUUGAAAUGAUGACAUGGCAAGGACUUGGAGAUGUGAUCAAUCGUUUUAGAGAAAGAGCCCUUGGUCUUGAUCCUAUCAGUUUGAUUUGGGCGCCUGGAAUGCUAAGCCGUCUUCGUGUUCCAUAUACCUAUUGCUGGUCACCGGCACUCAUCCCAAAACCAAAAGAUUGGGGCAAGCAAAUCUCAAUAUCUGGAUUUUAUUUCCUUUCUUUGGCGUCUUCGUAUACCCCCGAACAGGAAUUAGCGACUUUCCUGGCUAAUGGUCCACCACCAGUCUAUAUUGGAUUUGGUUCCAUUGUCGUUGAUGAUCCUAAUGCAAUGACUACGCUCAUUUUUGAAGCCGUCAAGAAAUCUGGUAUCCGAGCUUUAGUAUCUAAAGGUUGGGGAGGUCUCGGUGGUGACGCUCUUGAUGUACCCGAGGGAGUUUUCAUGUUGGGUAAUGUGCCUCACGAUUGGCUGUUUCAGCAUGUAUCUUGCGUGGUUCAUCAUGGAGGUGCUGGAACCACUGCUGCCGGUAUCGCUACUGGAAAGCCUACGGUUGUGGUGCCAUUUUUCGGUGAUCAACCAUUCUGGGGAGCGAUGACGGCUAGAGCUGGAGCGGGUCCACCACCAAUUCCGUAUAAACAACUUACUGCCGAUAAGCUUGCUGCAGCUAUCACUGAUGCUCUCAAGCCUGAAACCUUGGCGAAGGCACAAGAGCUAGGGGCUAAAAUUAAGGAGGAGAAGGGGACUGAAGUUGGUGGGAAAAGCUUUCACGAUCAUUUGGAUGUUGACAAUAUGAGAUGCUCUUUGACGCCACAUAGAGUAGCAGUCUGGAGGGUGAAGCGUACUCAAACCAAGCUUAGUGCUUUGGCUGCAAAUGUCCUUGCAAGUGAGAAUCUCAUCAGUUUUGCAGAUCUAAAAUUGAAUCGUUCAAGGGAAUAUGAGACUGAAGAUGGUCCUUGGGAUCCAAUAUCUGGAGGAGCAUCUGCACUUCUGGGAACUAUUGCGAGUCUCAGUAUGGGUGUCGCAGAUUUUCCUAUAGAAAUCUUCAGGAAGGUAAAGCGGGACAAGGAAGCCCGUGCUUCCACCAAAGAAUCCUCGACCGAUUCAGCUGUGCCAAAUUCUUUGGUGCAGAAUCAAUCUCGAGAUCAUUUGCCCUUAGAUGAAAGAUCGCUUAGCUCAGUAGACGCCAGCUUGCGGCAAGUAUCAGAAUCUUCGGCGAAGACUUCUUAUGAGAGCACUCAACGAUCCUCGGAUGAUAUAGCUACUCCUUUAACGCCAACGACUACCCGGAGUUCCACAUCAAACAUAUUGAGCCCUGGUAUCACGCAUACAAACUCGUUGCGGCAAGUACUACAGGAUAACAUGGAGUCCCGGCAAAGUCGCAGUGGUUCCGGCGCCGACACUCCCAAGGCAUUUGAUCCUUCUAAGUUGACUAUUGAGAACGCUAUAGGGGCAGGGAAAGGUAUUUCGCGUAUCGUUGGGGCGGGCUUGAAGUCGCCGAUGGAUUUCACCCUGGGUUUGGCACGAGGAUUUCACAAUGCUCCGAAAUUGUAUGGUGAUGAUACGGUUCGGCCACAAGAAAAAGUGACAGAUUUCCAGAGUGGACUAAAAGCCGCUGGAAGGGAAUUUGGAUAUGGAAUGUUUGAUGGCAUCACUGGUCUGGUUACACAGCCUUUACGUGGUGCAGAGAAGGAAGGUACUGCCGGACUUAUAAAAGGCAUAGGAAAAGGUAUUGCAGGAGUAGUCCUUAAACCGGGAGCAGCCAUAUGGGGACUUCCUGGUUAUACGUUUAUGGGUAUUCAUAAAGAAGUCAGAAAACUUUUCGGCUCAAGCGUUCUCAAUUAUAUCAUCGCAGCUAGAACAGCCCAGGGUUUUGAAGAUGCCCAGAAAUGUAGCAGAGAAGAACGUAUGGAUAUCAUCAAGCGCUGGAAUGAACACAAACGGGAAUACCAAAAUGUUAAGCAGAAAGUUGGUGGUGAAGGUCCUGAUGGUCAGGGUACUGGAAACCUCUCACCGCGAGGCUUCUUCCAAACCAGACAUCUCACUUUCGACGAAAGAAAAAAGCUCGACGAGGAUAGAAAAGCCAAGCGUGGUGAGGAAAGAAGAACAGCAGAUAAUGAGGGCAGUGGGGCACGUGGUACUUCUAAUCAACAGUCAACACACGAUCGCUCACCUGGCGCUCUCCAAAAUUUACCACUUGUUAAUAUUAAUCCUCCUCCUACUACUAAUUGUCCCACUGGGUCCAACCAGACGGACUUUGAAGAAGCAAUCCAUGCCUCAGUAGCAGCUACUUCUCGCGGUAACCUCGAUGAAGAUCUUAUGAUAGAGCGGGCUAUUCGAGCGAGUGUGGCGGAACUUCAAGGUGGUCAGAGCGCGGGAUUAAGUGAUCGUGAGGUGAUGGAUCGUGCGAUUAGGGCUAGUGUUGUGGCCAGUCAGGAGCAGGAGAGAAGGGGUGGGAGAGGAGGGAAUGAAGAGGAUGAUAGAGAACAUGAGACGCAGCUUGCGAAGGCAAUUCAGGAGAGCUUAAGGGGUACUGAUAUCAAUAGGGUAAGGAGGAGUGGCGGUGAUAGUAGCGACGGGAGUGGGGAUAGUGAGGGUGGAUUCAUAGAGAUGCGAAAUGAGGAGAGUGAAAAUGACGAGGAUUUCAAGAGGGCAUUGAGGGAAUCGAGAGAAGAUCAUGAAAAAAGGCAAACAAAGGGAAAGGAAACCGAGAAGAGUGCUGCUGGUAGUGGAGGAAUGACAGAAGAAGAAAUCGUUUUGGAAUAUGUUAAGAAACAAAGUUUGGCAGAGGACCAACAUAAGCGGGCGGUGGAGGAACAGGAGAGGUUGAAGGUGGAGGAGAAGAAGAAAAUGGAUAUGGUGAGUAGUGCUGCGGAUGAUGAGGCGUUAGAAAGAGCUAUUCAGGAGAGUUUGAGGGGGGCGGGAGGUUCUGGGGGGGUAUGA